ACUCAUCCACUACACUCACUUUACAUUUUGGACGACCUCUAACUCCGGACUAUCAAAAUUCAGAAUAAAAUUUAAAGCGUUCUACAUCCAGUAAACACACCGGCGGUCAUUUGGUCGCGUUUCGGCCCUAAAUUAUAGAAAUACGUUGAUUUACAGGUGGAUCGAUGGAGGGAAAGCUGAAAGUAUGCAUCAUUGGCGCCGAGGGCUGGGGCUCGGCCAUCGCAGCCGCCGUGAGCAACAAUGUUUUGCAGGGGGACUUCCACAGCCGGGUGCAUAUCUAUGUCAACGACGAGUUGAUACGAAACAGCGUCCUUUCGAAGGUCAUCAACAGUCGCCACGAAAAUGUCAAGUAUCUGCCUGGGAUUAAGCUGCCCAAGAACCUGAUCGCUGUGAGUGAUCUUUUGGAAGCUGCUCAGAACGCAGAUAUCCUGAUAUUUUCCACGCCCCAGGAGUUUGUCAAAUCCUACUGCAACAUCCUGGCCGGAAAUGUGAAGGAGUCUGCAUUUGCCGUGUCCAUGACCAAAGGCUUGAUGAGGGUGCGGGGCGAGGAUAUAGGGCUCGUGUCGCACGCCAUCAGUGAGCGACUGGGCAUCCCGUGCUACUCAAUGAUGUCCGCACACAGUGCCAUGGAGAUGGCGCAGGGAAAGCUGUGCGAGGCGACCAUCGGCUGCAGUGAUGAUGCUCAUGCCAAGCUGCUGACCUCUGUCCUGCAAACUAAAAAUUGCCGUGUGAUUUCCGUCAAUGACGUUGAUGGAGUGGAGCUCUGCGGAACGCUCACGGACAUAAUAGCUUUGGGAGCUGGUUUUGUAGAUGGUCUGCGCCUUGGCGAGAACGCGCGGGUGACCGCCAUUCACCUGGGCAUUAAGGAAAUGAUGCGGUUUACGAAGACGUUCUUCCCCUCGGCCAAAAUGUCCACAUUCUAUGAGAGCUGCGGAGUGGCCAACUCGGUUGCUUCAAGCUAUGUCGAUAAAAAUGCAACUUUUGCCAAGAGCUUCAUCACCUCUGGCAAAACUAUUGAGGAAAUAGAAGCGAACCUUCUCCAUGGUCGUAAAAUAUUGGGUCCCGUGGUGGCCGCUGAUGUGAAUGCAUUGCUGGAGAAGGAGCUCAUGCAAAAGGAUUUUCCCCUUUUCACGGCCAUCCAUCUGAUAUGCCAAAGCGAAGCUUCGCCAGAAAUAAUGCUGGAGGCACUGCAAAACCAUCCAGACCUAAGCAAUUCAUCUAUUUCGCAUUUACUGAACCAUGAGUCAGCUAGGAGCGAACAAAAUUUGGACCACGUCUUGGAUGAAGUGGCUAACACUCUCCCCAAGCUGAGAACUGCUCUAGACAAGGUUUUGGCCGAGUCGGGCAACGAGAGUUUAAAGCAUCUGAAAGUAAUGGAAGACUGGACGGAGGUCAACGACUAUGAUGUCGAAGACCCAAGUCGGCGACAAGUGUCUUUUCAGGAUUCCUCCUUUGGGAACGACGAAAUGCCCAGGCGACUGAGUUUGGAAGCGGCCAAACUCCAUGAUGACAUUCGGGAUGGCAACAUGCAGGUGGCUUUUAAAAUGGAUAUUAAUGAAGGUGAUAGACAUGUGCGGCUUUUGCUGGAGGAGGAGCGAGAAACUUCCAGCAACAAUGACGACUUGGUGAUAUCAAGCAGGUUGAUUGCAGGUCAAGAUGGCGACAAUGCCAGGAUGGAUCAGGAAAAAUUCUUGAACUCUUCCGCAGCAACUGAUCACACCGAAAAAGCCUUUCCGACUAGCAUAGCCAUGAACGAUUCCCAUGAUGUCCUGGACUUGAGCUCGGAAUCCGAGCCACUCCAUUCGUCAAAAAAUAACAUCCAACUAAUAAAUGAUGCGAAGUCGAAAUCCGGUAGGCUUUCAGAGAUGUCUAAUCUGGAAACGGCAAUCAACGAACAAGAAGAGGCCAACAUAAAAGCUCAGGAGAAUCUUAUUAAAUCUAUUAGGCAAACUAUUCAAGCUCUCGGUGAUAAAGAAAAAAUGGAAAAUCUAAUCGCUGAAAGCCAAGUGCAGGAGGAAAGUCUGCAACUUAAAAACCAAAUGGAGGAGAAAACUUCCCAACUUAAAAAUCAAAUGGAGGAGGAAACUUCCCAACUUAAUCACCAAAUGGAGGAGGAAACUUCCCAACUUAAAAACCAAAUGGAGGAGGAAACUUCCCAACUUAAAAACCAAAUGGAGGAGGAAACUUACCAACUUAAAAACCAAAUGGAGGAGGAAACUUCCCAACUUAAAAACCAAAUGGAGGAGGAAAUUUCCCAUAUGGAAAACCAAUUGGAGAACGAAUCAUCCGAUAUGAGAAGCCAAAUUGAAGAAGAAACUUUUCAACCGCAAAGCCAAAUGGAGCACGAGAAUUCUCAAUUAGAAAACCAAAUGGAUGUGGAAACUUUUGAACUCAAAAACGAAGCAGAUGAAUCGCACUUUGUUGGAUCCAAUGCUAAAGAAGAGCAACCUCUGGAAGAACAAACUGACAACCAGCAACAAAAAUUGAGAUCAGAAGCUGAAAACCUCAAAGCCCUAAUGUUCAAGGAUACCGAGGAGCCUUUGGAGGCCGAGAGGCUUGUUGAAAUGAGAUUACAGGACGAACAUGAUUUUGAUCUAGAUGAGGAGCCUGUAAUAGGUAAAGAGGACCGCACUUACACCAAAGAGAACAUGGAGCUCCAGGAGCUGCUCGAGUGGCAAAAACUAAAGCACCGGGGGGAAGAUCAUUCUUACUCUUCAGCCGAACUGGAAGAUGCCACAGCCUGGGAAGACACCGCAAGGCUCCCAGUAGAGCAUGAAGAUAGGUUGCAGGAUGUGGAUAACCAUCACGACGCAGAACUCGUUCAAGUCCGGGCUGAGAACAAGGACUUUAGCAUACCCGAGAACGAGAAGAUGGCAAAGAAGGUCGGUAAGCAAAAGCAGCCGUAUCAAAAUCAGGACGAGGCCAACAUGCGCUACUACAGCGAAGGCAAGGAUGGUGAGACUGGUCACCACGAGUGGGAUUGGCUAAUGAACAACGAGAAGAUCGGUGCCGAAGCCGAAGCGGACGAGCGCAUAAACGAAUCGUACACUAAUGAGAGGGACGAAACACUCAGUAAAUCUGAUCAGGAGAAGUUAGAAAAUCUUAACCAGCAACUAAAGGAAGCAUUGCAGCAUGAUAUAGAUGUCACGUCGAUUAGCCAAGCGGACGAGUCAAAAGAAAGCUUGCCGGAUGAAGAAUUAGAUACCGAAGCUGCUAAGAGAAUUACUCAGCAACCAAGGAACCCCACUCCCACUCAAAUUCCCCCCGUUCCCUUGCCGAUGCCAGUGCCCAGAAAACAGACCCACAUCCCUGAAGGCACUCCUCAGUUCCAGAAUCAGCCCGGCGCUGUCCCACAACCUUCUCCCCAAACCAAACCGCCUUCGCCCAAGGAACACAAACCCCCUCGCACAAAUACUCCAGUCAAAUUUGAGCACUUGGAUAAAGUCAGGCAGCCGGAAGCGUCAGCUGCGGAUCAGGAGGCACCGCUGGCUGAGACGGUAUUCAAAACUAAGCCGAUGGCUAAGGAGGUGUCCAAAACUGAGCCGAUGGAUAAGGAGGUAACCAAAAUUGAGCCGGUGGCUAAGGACGUUUCCAAGGCCAAGCCAACCGAACCAGCACAACCUAAGAAGGAAACUCCACCAGCUCAGCAGAAAAGGCCCAUAAGCAAAAGAAAACAGCAGGGGGACUUCAGCGUUCAACCUGGCGAUGUCAAGCCUGUAGACCGCCGCCAGAUUACUCAAAAAACCGAAAAGCAUCGGCCAAAUAUUGAAAACCAGAAAAAACAGCUGGAAAUAAUGGACAAAAAGAUCAGCAUAAUGCGCAAAGAUCGUCGGGUGAGCUACAAGGGCCAGGAUCCCUUCAAGGGGGAACCGGAUCGAGACUCCAGGCUGCCGAUGGACACCAGCCUAGAACAGGACAGACCGGGGGAGUCUCAGGGCCUGGACCAUCAACGUCGCAAGGUGGUGCUAACGCCGCCCUUCAAUCCUCCGAUCAAUCCUCGAAUGCGCGUGCCACGACCACCUUUCGAUGGUCGGGACCAUGAAUUCCACACAAUGACUGCCACGUCGGUGGGCGAACAUCUUGUUCCGGCUGUGAGAUGGCCAACCAUGCCCAAGAAUCUGAUGCAGAAUCGCACCUCCCUGGUGGCCACCAUAGAGAUGAAGCAUCUAUCCGAUUUGCGCAGUCAGGUACCGGAGAUUCCCCGCCCAUUUUUGAAGAUACCUUCGGGAGUGCCUCGCACGCCCACGCUCACCAAGAUUCUGUGUGCCCUGCAGUUGGGACUGCUCGCCUCCUACCUGGCUCGCUGCAAGAAGGACUAAUCCCUGGACUACCAGGUAAAAAUCCAAUGAUGUAACGUACCCAAGCUCGGCGUUUCGAUUUCCCUGAUGUAAACAGUACAAGCUCUAUAUAGAAUACUUUACUUUUUAUAAGAAUAAAGGGUGUUACGUUUAAUA